AUGGCGGAUGAAUGGCAAGGUGUAGUUAUUUCUGAAUCAGAACAGCAAGUAUCUCUGCAACUAACUCACUUAUCCUUGAAUCAAUCAGUGCUGGUGUCAGUAGUUUAUGCUAAAUUUGAUAGAGAGGAGAGGGAAGAGUUCUGGGAAUCCAUGGUGGAGUUAGCUAAUCAGCAUGACCUCCCAUGGAUUAUAGGAGGGGACUUUAAUGUUAUUGUAUCUGAUGAAGAGAAACAAGGCGGCCUACCAGUCUCAUCCAAUGAGACACUGGAUUUUUCCAACUGUAUACAAAGCUGUGGAUUAAUUGAUGUAGGAUUCUCUGGAAGUAAAUUCACUUGGUGGAAUGGGAGAACUGAAGAAGAUUACAUAUUUAAGAGGUUAGAUAGGAUUUUGGUGAAUCAGCAAGUGUUAGACAUCAUGCCAUCCACAACAGUGACUCAUAUGAUCAGACAUGGUUCAGAUCAUGCAGCAUUACAUCUGGAGUGUAACAGCAAUGCCGAACAUAUAAUCAAAUCUUUCAAGUUUCUUAACUUCUGGACAAAUCAUCAUACAUUUAUGGACCACUUAUGGGAAUAUAUUUCAGCGAUUGCCACUAUCGAAGAUACCAUAAAAAUGAAGGAGUUGCAGCUUGAAAAUAAUCCUUCAAGGGAGAGUAGAAUGCUGCUCUAUCAAGCACAGGCUGAAUUAACCAGAUUUUUACACUUGGAGGAAGAAUAUUGGAAAAGGAACAAAUUGUCCUUGAAAAUAAUACAAGAUUCAAAUGGUAAUUGGCUGGAAAAUGAAGUAGAUAUUGGUUCUGAGGCAAUCAGGUUCUUUGAGUCACAAUUCAGAGAAGAAAAUUCAGAUGUUGAUUAUGCAUUGCUGAAAAAUAUUCCUAAGCUGAUUAAUGAAGAGCAGCAAAAGAAUAUGGAGGAGUUGCCAUCUGAAUGUGAAGUAAAAGAAGUUGUUUUGUCACUCAAUGGGAUAGUACUAGUGGGCCAGAUGGAUUCACAAGACACUUUUAUCAGAAGUGUUGGGAGGUUAUCAAGAUAG